UUCACAUGAUCUAGCGUCAGUUUUGUCAUUGUUCGGACAUUAUCCACCCUUCACUGACGUUUUUUUUUUUAUACAAAGCUGGCACCUGCAUGUAGAGAGAGAAAGCUCGAAUCAAUUUGUUGUUUCCACUCUCUCUCCUCUCUGCAAGAGGCCUGGUUUCCCUCGGAAGGGAGAAACUGCUGGAGGGGAGAGAGAGGGAAUUUGGAGGAAAGAAAAACAGUGGAAGACUUAGAGAGAGAGAGAGAGACCAGAGGGCUAAUGGCUCUGCUUUCGUCAUCAGAUGCGGCGAAUUUGAGGACCCCAAUGGAGGAGGAAGAAGAUGAGGAGAAAGACCCAGAAAGCGACAACCUUCAUCGACCCUUGCUCAAACGCGUUCGCACUUCGCAAUUGGCGCUUAUCGGAGCGAAAUUAUCCCCAAUUGAGAGCUUGGACUAUGAGAUAAAUGAGAAUGACCUGUUCAAGCAUGAUUGGAGAAGCCGUUCGAGGGUUGAGGUUUUGCAGUAUAUAAUCAUGAAAUGGACAUUUGCAUUCUUGGUUGGUCUUUUGACUGGCUUGGUUGCAGUCUUCAUAAACUUUGCUGUGGAGAAUAUUGCAGGGAGAAAGCUUCUCGCUGUUUCUCAUAUGGUGGACCAAAAAAGGUUCUGGUCGGGAUUGAUAUUUUUCACAGGGGCAAAUUUGGGGCUGACCAUGGUGGCUGCUGCCCUUUGUGUGUGCAUAGCACCCACUGCUGCCGGGCCUGGAAUUCCGGAGAUCAAGGCUUAUCUCAACGGCAUUGACACCCCCAACAUGUUUGGUGCCCCAACACUUAUUGUAAAGAUAAUCGGGAGCAUUGCAGCUGUCUCAGCAGGGCUGGAUCUGGGGAAGGAAGGGCCACUGGUGCACAUAGGCUCAUGCAUUGCCUCCCUUCUAGGUCAAGGGGGGUCGACUAGGUACCACCUCACCUGGAAGUGGCUUCGGUACUUCAAGAAUGAUCGUGACAGGAGAGACCUUAUCACUUGUGGCUCGGCUUCUGGCGUCUGUGCUGCUUUUCGAGCUCCAGUUGGUGGCGUCUUGUUUGCACUUGAAGAAAUUGCAACUUGGUGGAGGAGUGCUCUCUUGUGGAGGUCCUUCUUUAGCACAGCUGUGGUGGUGAUGGUGCUGAGAGGUUUCAUGGAGUUCUGCAGGAGUGGGCACUGUGGUCUUUUUGGAAAGGGAGGGCUCAUUAUGUUCGAUGUUAGCGAUGUGACUGUGUCCUAUCACCCCAUGGACCUUCUCCCUGUCGUUGUUAUUGGCAUCUUUGGUGGUUUCCUUGGCAGCCUCUAUAAUUACCUCCUUCAUAAGGUUCUUCGUGUCUACAACCUCAUCAAUGAGAAGGGGAAGCUACACAAAUUUCUACUAAGCGUCUCAGUAUCCCUGAUCACCUCCUGCUUCCUCUACUCCCUCCCUUUCCUGGCCCCUUGUACCCCCUGCGACCCCUCGAUCUCCGAACCCUGCCCCACCACUGGCCGCACUGGCAACUUCAAGCAGUUCAACUGCCCCCCGGGCCACUACAACGACAUGGCCACCAUUCUCCUCUCUACCAACGAUGACGCAGUUCGCAACAUCUUCAGCACCUCCACUCCCUCGGAAUUCCUCACCCUCAGUCUCAUCAUAGCUUUCUUGCUUUACUGUUUCUUAGGCCUCGUCACCUUCGGUAUUGCUGUCCCCUCUGGCCUAUUCCUCCCUAUAAUUCUGAUGGGAUCCUCCCUUGGACGCCUCCUUGGCCUCUCUAUGUCACAAUACACUCGCAUCGACCAGGGCCUUUUUGCAGUGCUCGGUGCUGCAUCGCUGAUGGCGGGAUCCAUGCGAAUGACCGUAUCGCUAUGUAUAAUCUUCCUUGAACUCACGAACAACCUUCUACUUCUUCCAAUGAUGAUGCUUGUUCUCUUGAUAUCAAAAACAGUCGGGGAUUGCUUCAAUCCUAGCAUAUAUGAGAUUAUACUGCAUUUGAAGGGUCUUCCUUUCCUGGAGGCACAUGCAGAGCCCUGGCUGCGUAAUAUAAGCGUCGGAAAUCUCAUUCGAGCAAAGGAGGAGAUUGUGAGCCUUAGUGGGGUUGAGAAGGUGAGUCAAGUACUCGCAGUCUUGCGCAACACAACGCAUAAUGGGUUUCCUGUGGUCGACAUGCCACCGAUCUCACCAGUCCCAGAGCUCCAUGGGAUGGUAUUGAGAGCCCAUUUGUUGGAAGUUUUGGAGAAGAGGUGGUUCUUUAGAGAGAGGAGGAGGUCAUCAGAGGAGGAGGUGACAGAAAGGUUCUCGUCAUGGGACCUCGCAAAGAGGGGACGGAAGAUUGAGGACGUGGUGGUGAGCGAGGAGGAGGAGGAGAUGUACAUCGACUUGCACCCAUUCACUAACAUGACUCCAUAUACAGUGAUGGAGAGCAUGUCAGUGGCAAAGGCAGUCGUGCUUUUCAGGCAGGUCGGGCUCCGGCACAUGCUUGUCAUGCCCAAGUCGCAGGUGGCUGGGGGUUCACCAGUUGUGGGGAUCUUAACUAGGCAAGAUUUGAUAGCCAACAAUAUAAAGAGCGCCUACCCUCACCUUUUAAGAAGAGGAAAAAGCAGACACUCCCUAUCCUAAACAAGAAGUGAAGGGCAAGUUCCUUGAGGGAACAUCCAUUUAUUUUAUCAUUUUUGCUGAGUUAUUGUAUUCUUUACAGCAUGUCUUGUAUUUGAGGCAUCGAUGAAAGCUUGAACAUUUUCUAGUUUUUUCUCAAUAAAAUAUCUAUUUUGAGCUUUGUGGUGAAA